CAUACGGGUAUGUACCUAUAAGUACUGGUCUUGGGCAAGGUAAAUACAUGUAUUGCCAUUGUAUUAUAUAUAACACUCGCAUCUAUUGCUUUGCAUCUCAUUUUCAUUAUUCUAAAUGUUCGAAUAUUCUUUAUAAGCUUGUAGGUGUACCCUGCUUCUCCUCGUAAAAUCCUUCCAAGGGUUGAAGCUAUAUUCAACAUGGUUAUGACUUUUGAUGUCUCGCCUGAGACAAGGGCAGGCUUGAUUCAUUAUUUCUAUCGACAGCUCUUCGUUACGCCCCCGCCAGUGCUCCAGCGCGAUGUAAACCUAAGUGGGAAGACGGCCAUAAUAACAGGGGCAAACGGCGGGAUAGGAUUGGAAGUGGCUCGGCAACUUCUAGAUCUCGGCUGUAAAGUCAUUCUAGCCGUUCGCGACGAAAGCAAGGGCGAAAUAGCCCGGAAGGAUCUUACCAAUGGACGCGAUCUUGUAUCCGGAUUUAUUCAGGUCUGGAAAUUGGACUUAUCAUCCUAUGACUCAAUCAUAGCCUUCGCGGAGCGUGCCAAACGCUUAGAGAGCCUCGAUAUUGCUAUUCUCAACGCAGGUAUAUACAAGGUUACGGAGUCGUUCAGCCCAACUGGUUAUGAGGAGGGUGUGCAAAUAAACUUCCUGGCAAAUAUGCUCCUUACGAUUUUAUUACUGCCUAUUAUCAAAGAAAAGAGAGUCGGAAGCCACCCAGGCCACAUUUGUGUGGUAUCAUCCGACACAGCCGCUUGGACGAAAUUCGAGGAAGGAAACUCAACGCCUGUUCUUGCUGCCUUUAAACGGAAGGCGGCGGAUUGGAAUAUGGCGGACCGCUAUGGGGCAACGAAGCUUCUCGGGCAACUAUUUCUGACGGAGCUGGCGAAAAAGGUCUCUUCGUCUGUGGUUACUCUUUCUUGCGCCAACCCUGGGUUCUGCAGCGGCUCGGAACUUGGUCGCGAAACCCACGGCAUCGUCCGCGUCAUUUAUAAGAUCCAGACUUACUUUCUAAGCCGAAGUAGCUCUAUUGGAGCUCGCACAUUGGUUCAUGCUGUUACUACUCUCGGCGAGCAGGCACAUGGGCAGUACAUCGAGGACGCAAAGAUCCAACCUAUGGCGGUUAUCGUAUACAAACCUGAAGGACAGCGUCUUUCGAAGCAGGUUUACGAGGAAACAUUGGAUGAGCUUUCGUUCGCGGGGGUCAGAGACAUCGUCAACGAGAUAUCAAAGGCUAAGUAGUAUACAUAAUACUUAAACACCCUAGGGAUGUAUCAGAUACUAGGUAUAUCCUUGAUUGAUGCUAUACAGAAAGUGAAUAUUAGGAUAAAUAGUGUUGAACUAUUAAUGCUUGCCUUUCUACCCCUUUACGAGGGCGCUACGCACCCGUUAUAUACAUAGUAGAUACACCCUGUAAUUCCCCUACCUACAAAAUUGAUCUGGC